AUGGAGCAGGAUUUGAUGGAGGACAUCUUUGUCCAGGAUGAUCUUCGCCCAAGCAUCGCAGAACACGCUUUGCAGUGCGACUCUCUCUUCCGAAAAUACAUGGCUCUUCCUGAGAUCGCACCAGAUCCUACCGUAAUGGACGACCAACUGGCGCGCUUCACACUAUGGGCAUCAAACAUGGAUGUUUAUGGGCCGCUCAAUGUUUCGCUGGAUUACAGGCUGCGAUACAGUCCCACAGUGGUGGAUAUUAUACACCAGCUUUUGGACGUCAUUUGUGAUACUUUGAUGUCUCUUGCAACAAUAGUGAAGCCGGUUGACGAGCCACCUCAGACCCCGAGCAGGAAGAAGCAACGCAUAUCAAGAGACGGCCGUUUAGAAAUCACCAUGAGAGACGAUAGCGAUGCAAGCGAUAUGGACAGUGACGAGGAUCGAGCGGAAGAGAAUAUUUCAAAGAUCACCUAUACUAUUGGAGGAACAGUGACGCGCCUCUUCCGUUUAUCCAAUGCUGUUCGGAAAUCAGCCAAGGCCAACAGGGCCCAGAAAAUGGGAAGGUACAAAGCCGACGAAGAAACAAAAACUGCCAUAGCCGAGUUGCGUCUCUACACAGAAUGCUACAUUCGUUUCCGAUUUCCCUUAGCACCAGAGUCGCUUCACUCGGCAUUGGUCGAGGCCAACGCGCUGCGACUUCGGCGACUGUGCUAUCAGAGGUCACACCGAAGGCGCAUUGACUUGAAGGUCCAGCAGCCCCAGGCAGAGCCUAGUACUGUUCAACUACCCAAGGUCGUGGAUAGUAGUCCGGCUGUGCAUUUUGGCCCAAGCAUCGUCCCGAAACCUGCCACUAUCAACAAAAAGUCGGACCCAACUCUCCCUCCGCCCAUACCGGUAACGAAUGCGACUACUGCUCGACAAACUGCUGUAGCAGCCUUGUACGCCAAAUCGACUACGGAAGUCCCUCGAGCCAAGUCUGUUCUAGUGAACAACAAAUUGUCGUUCCCUCCGAUGCCUCCGACAAGUGAGUGUCCAUAUUGUGGCGUCAUUGUUGAAUUCAAGGGUUCUGCAAGGUUGACAAUGUGGCACAAUCAUGUUAUCGGAGAUCUAGAGCCUUACAUUUGUAUCUCUGCCCACUGCAUGGACUCAAGUCAACAAGAGCCUAGUCCGUUAACGUUCGAAACGUCAAAAGCCUGGAUAAGCCACCUGCAGAACGCUCACAGAUCUACAUGGGAGUGCAGAGCCCCUUCCCACCAUCCAAUCAUUUUCGAGCGGGAGGUUGAGUACCAGGAGCAUUCAAUCAAAGAGCAUGGCGUCCCCCCGGCGCAUGUGGGGACCCUCAGUAGUGCAGCACGACGACCACUUCUCAACAAGAUUCUCGAAUGUCCGUUUGGGGACGAUUUUCAACUCCCCGAAAAGGUCGAAUCAAGUACUGUCUUUUCGAGCGGAGCUCUUCAGUCACAUGUCGCCGCUCAUAUGAAAGAAAUUGCCCUGCUUACCUUGCAAAAAGUACCCAGCCAUUUUGGCGACACAGCUGAGAGCGUUGAUAGCGGCAUGCCAUUAGAAGAUGAUGGGCCAGGUUUUGCAAAGUUGCGUGGAUCAAUGUACAGUGUUCUCGAUGACGAAGCUCUAGACUUCCAGGACGAGGCUGGAGAUGUCAUCUCGAACAAUCACGAAGAGGACAUCAGUCCCUCUGUUGAAAGACUAGACUUGGAUGGAAAAGAUGCCAACGGGAUAACGAACCUUCAUCAAGCAGUGCGGGCUCGCAAUUUGGCGCUGGUCCGCUCACUAAUCGACCAAGGCGAAAAUCUACGCAGCAGAACAAAUGACGGCAGGACAGCAUUGCAUUAUGCUUGUGUGGCUCAUGACGUCGACAUGAUGACACUGUUGUUGGACGCUAAUGACAAUGCCAUCCUGAACUUGGGUGAUAAAAACGGCCUAACACCUCUGCAUUACGCUGCAAAAAGGGGCUUCACUGGUGUGAUGCAACUCCUGGUCGAUCGUGGUGUCGAUACACACAUUACCGACAACAACGGGUUUUCUGCCUACCUCUGGGCUGUAGUUGCUAACCAGGAAGCCGCCGCCGUCAAAAUGCUGAUACUAGGCGUUAAUGUCGACUUCACCGGUGCGGAUGGCAAAACUGCACUAGGUUGGGCAGCCAGCCUGAAUCAUUUGACAAUGGCUCAAAUGCUUGUGGGCCAUGGGGCGGCUGUCAUGUCUACGGCUCAAAACACGCAAAUGGCGCCGUUGGGAGAAGCGGCAGCUUUUGGUGGAUAUCCCACAGUCCUAUUUCUCCUCGAUCAGGGUGCCGAUCCUAACUAUCGUGAUCGCAAUGGAUGGUCCGCCAUACAUUGGGCAGCGGAGGAGGGCCAUGAAGACAUUGUACAUCUAUUGUUGAAAGGAGGGGCCGAUGUCAAUGCUGUCAGUUCCUAUGGUACGUCACCAUUACACUGUGCUGCCAACGGAGGACGAAAAAACAUUGUGAGAGUACUUCUCCAAUAUGGAGCCGACCCUCUUAGGACAACAUGUCAUGGCUGGACUCCACUUCACCAUGCCGCAUUCGCGGGACAUUCUCACGUCGUACAGUUUUUGCUGGGAGAUGACCGGAUAAGGUCCAACGCUUCUCUCCAGGAUAAUCAUGGCUGGUCCAUUCUUCAUUUGGCCAUCCAGAGUCGCGAUCUGGCUACCGUUGGAAUCUUACUUAACAGCUCUGUCAUAACAGAGACCCGCACUCUGUGCGACGAGAGCGGUCUCACGGCAGAAGAGUGGUUAGAUCUUGUGCCCACGAGUCAUUCCUACCAAGCGACAAGCAAUUUGGCCUUUGGCAAGUCACGUUGUUGCAGGGCGGUCACAGGCCUACGACAGGCUGUUGCAGGGGGCAAUAUUCCUCUGACCGAAUUUUUCUUGGAACGAGGUCACGUCGUCAACGACACAGAUUCGGGAAGAAGGACUGCACUAUACUACGCUGCAAAGAAGGGCUUCCUCCUUAUCAUGGACUUGCUCCUAGACAGGGGUGCGGACCCCAAUAUCCUCCCUGUGGGACGCAUGGCCUGGGAAGAAUUCAUUUCUGACGACAUGGUUCUAUCACGCCUUAGACGAGCCGGUUACAGGAAGCGAAGUGCUGAUCCAGAAAUAGAGCAGCAGAUAAGGCUUUUUCUUAGAGCGCCAGAUGAAACCUCUGUUCAAGUUCCGUAUCGAUCAGUCUCAAACCCACAAAAACCCCUACCGGCGCCCAAGCAUCAAAGCCCAGAACCAGUGAGCAAGGUGGAGGUGACCCGCUCAGGCUUGAGCAACUUUUUCAAACGGCUAAGAUCACGGUGA